CCCGCCUAAGCAUAGCACGCAAGAGUUGCACCGAUCGAUAACAAUGCAAGGCCUCGCGGCAGCUUCAAGGGUCGUCGUGCUCGCGACGUUUUUCCUGAUCGGUUUCGGCGUGGCCGCCGCCGACGGCCGGAGGAGGCUCGUCUCCGGCAGCCCCGACGAGCCUUGCAGGCAGAUGACGCUCUUCUACCACGACAUCCUCCACGACGGCGCCAACAACACGGCCAACGCGACGUCGGCGGCCGCGACGAGCCCACCGGCGCUGAGCAACGACACCUACUUCGGCAUGCUGGUGGUGUUCGACGACCCGGUGACGGAGGGCCAGGCGCUGCCCGUCGGGGCCGAGGAGGAGCCGGCGGCGCGCGCGCAGGGGUUCUACUUCUACGACGGGAAGGGGUUCUUCAACGCGUGGUUCGCCUUCUCGCUCGUGUUCAACUCCACGGCGCACAGGGGCACCCUCAACCUCAUGGGCGCCGACCUCAUGGGCGAGGAGACGCGGGACAUCUCCAUCGUCGGCGGCACCGGCGACUUCUUCAUGGCGCGCGGCGUCGCAACCAUCCGCACGGACGCCAUCGAGGGCCUCUACUACUUCCGCUUGCAGAUGGACAUCAAGCUCUACGAGUGCUACGUCUGA